AGUUGGCGAUUCUCUUGAGAUUCUCUAAGCACGUGUGUAUACGCGUCGUUUCAAGAAGAAAAUUUUCAUUUAAGUUCUAACCUAACCGCCGUUACGACUAGACGUGUCCGACCAAGUUCGGACCUAAUAUUUUUUUGGAACUUAUACUUCGGUACCUUGGUAGAAAGGGCUAUUUGAGAAAGUCUGCAAGCCAAGUAAAAUAUAGUGAAGAAGAAAAUUUUUAUUUUGUUCAAUUACAUAUACAUUUAAUUCUUAAAGAACGAUAAUGUCGUUGAAGCAUAGAUUGAAGAGAAAACGAAAUGAAGAAAACGAUGCACAAGUAAUGCCGGCAAAAAGAACGUCGGAUGAACCCGCCACUACAAAGCCCAAAUGGAUUAACAGACAGCGAAUACUGAUAUUUGCUACUCGAGGUAUUAGUCAUAGACAUCGGCAUCUUAUGGGAGAUUUGAAAACACUUAUGCCACAUCAUCGGUCCGAGUGCAAGAUGGAACGUACAAAGACUCUACAAGUGGUGACUGAAAUGUGUGAGAUAAAAAAUUGCAAUAAAGCCAUUCUGUUUGAGGGCAGGCUGAAGCGGGACCUUUAUAUGUGGUUUGCUAAUGUACCUACUGGUCCAAGUAUAAAAUUUCUUGUGGAAAACAUUUAUACGAUGGGAGAACUGAAGAUGACUGGAAACUGUCUAAAAGGAUCUCGACCGUUACUCUCAUUUGAUGAAUCGUUCACUAAACAUGCGCAUUACAGUCUUUUGAAGGAGCUAUUGAUACAAAUAUUUGGUGUACCAUAUCAUCAUCCUAAGAGCCAGCCAUUUUAUGAUCAUGUGUAUAUAUUUAGUAUUCUUGACAACAGGAUAUGGUUCAGAAAUUUUCAAAUUUUAACUGAAGAUGGUGCAUUGGCUGAAAUUGGCCCAAGAUUUGUACUGAACCCAGUUAAGAUAUUUGCAGCAAGUUUUACUGGUGACAUCCUAUGGGAAAAUCCUCAUUAUAUUUCUCCUGCCAAGUAUCGGCAAUCGUUGUCGAAGAAAGCAGCUGGCAAAUACAUGAAUAGAAUAGAGCAGAAAAUGGCACAAGAAGCAAAUAAGCCUGAUCAAUCUUAUGCUCUUAAUCCCACGGAUGAAAUAUUUAAGGGCGACUUGAUGAAAAAGGCAUUGGAAGUACAAGAAAAAUUCGAGGCAUCUGCUAAAAAUGAAGAGAUUACAAAAGGCAAAAAAAGAAAUACCUCGAGUAGCAAAUAUCAGUACUCGGUCUGUUAAUCCAUUUGGGCUAUAUAUACAAACAUAUAAAAGAGAUUAUUCUCUUCUUAAUAAAAUCUUCAAAUCUAUUUUACUUGGUUUUUAAUGCCAUUGAUCAAAUCUUUAAAUAUUUUGCAAAAUUAGAAAACUUAUCUCUAACCAAAUAUAUUUGUAAUUAUCUGACACAAGUGUGCAAGUAAAGCAUGUGAACCUGAGCA